CUAGCUGCCAAUUGACAGUACAACCAAUAGUACGGCGGCUCUUGACCAGCCUGGCUUGCAUGCGAUACAAAGCGGCCCGGUUCACCCUAUCGCAUGCCUGGUUAAAUGCUACUCCUAACCUUAUUUGGGCCCUCUACUAUAUAGAGGUAUCUUGCCAUGGCCAGGUGCCAGAUGGUACCGCUCAAUUGCAAGGCUUCACGUCGUUCCAUCGAUUCGAACAAGAGGUCUUUGCGCAACACACACUCGGUGGAAACACCCGCCCACGCGAUUUAGGCGACUCAAUUUGAAAAGGGGUGGCCCCGCGGUGUUACUCAUCACCAGCCAGCUACUAUUGAUUGACUGAACCUCGGUCUACUCCCGUGGAUUUGUGAAGUGGGGGGCCUAUAUAACUUGAGCCCAUUGACCUCUUUCUUGCCGAUUGCUCGUCCAGAGUCGAUCGUUUAACAGCUCCUUAACCCUUGCCGACCUUGACAGGUGCUCCUGUUCAGUACGUCGACGUCAGUCAGCAUAAGCAAUUCAAAUCAGUCUGACCAGCUGUCC